AUGAACCACAGCACCGUCACUGAGUUCCUCAUCCUGGGACUUACAAAAAGACCUGAACUCCAGGGAAUUCUCUUCAUCGUCUUUCUCUUUAUCUACCUCGUGGCUUUCCUGGGCAAUCUUCUCAUUGUCAUUGCCAUAAUCUAUAACACCACCUUGCAUACUCCCAUGUAUGUUCUCCUUCUGGCACUGGCCAUUGUGGAUAUCAUCUGCACCACCACCAUCAUACCGAAGAUGCUCAGCAACAUGCUAACAUCAAGCAACACCAUUUCCUAUGGAGGUUGCAUGUCUCAGCUCUUCUUCUUCACCUGGUCUCUGGGGGCUGAGAUGGUUCUGUUCACCACCAUGGCCUAUGACCGCUACGUGGCCAUCUGUUUCCCUCUUCAUUAUAGUACCAUUAUGAAUUAUUAUAUGUGUGUAGCCUUGCUCAGCAUUGUCAUGGCUAUUGCAGUAACAAAUUCCUGGGUACAUACAGGUCUCAUCCUGAGGUUGACUUUCUGUGGGCCAAACACCAUUAAUCACUUCUUCUGUGAGAUACCCCCUCUGCUGGCUCUGUCUUGCAGCUCUGUAAGGGCUAAUGAGGUGAUGUUGUAUGUAGCUGACAUCACUCUGGCGGUAGGGGACUUCACCCUCACCUGUAUCUCCUAUGGUUUUAUCAUUGCUGCGGUUCUCCGCAUCCGCACAGCAGCAGGCAAGAAGAAGGCCUUCUCUACAUGCUCCUCCCACCUCAUCGUGGUAUCCUUGUAUUAUUCCCCUGUGAUCUACACCUACAUCCGCCCAGCUUCCAGCUACACAUUUGAAAGGGAUAAAGUUGUAGCUGCCCUCUAUACCCUUGUAACACCCACCUUAAACCCCAUUGUGUACAGUUUCCGCAACAAGGAGAUGCAGGCAGGAAUUAGGAGGGUGUUCUCAUUUCUGAAGCAUUAG